UCCCCUCCACGAAAGAUCAGUCUUCUCUAUUUGUAAAACCUAGUUUCCUCUCUAGUCGGUUCGAUGGCACCAAAGGGCGGCGAGAAGAAGCCUGCCGAGAAGAAGCCGGCGGAGGAGAAGAAGACGACCGUCGGGGAGAAGGCGCCGGCGGAGAAGAAGCCUAAGGCCGGGAAGAAGCUGCCGAAGGAUGCCGGAGCCACUGCCGGAGACAAGAAGAAGAAGAGGUCGAAGAAGAGCGUGGAGACCUACAAGAUCUACAUCUUCAAGGUGCUGAAGCAAGUCCAUCCGGACAUUGGGAUAUCGAGCAAGGCCAUGGGGAUUAUGAACAGCUUCAUCAACGACAUCUUCGAGAAGCUCGCUCAAGAAGCCUCUCGUCUCGCUCGCUACAACAAGAAGCCGACGAUUACUUCCCGCGAGAUCCAGACUGCCGUACGGCUUGUCCUCCCCGGAGAAUUGGCCAAGCACGCCGUUUCCGAGGGCACCAAGGCUGUCACCAAGUUCACCAGCUCUUGAAUAGCGGCGAUUUCUAGUGGUUGGAAGUCUCUUCGCAUCUAGGGUUAGGUUAGGUUUUCUAGUAUUAGAUUGCUAGUAUUGCAUGUUUUUGCCUUGAAUCUAUCUGUUUGGAUGUGAAUUUGGAUUUGGCGGAUAUGAUAUACAGUUGGUUUGUUUCUUUUUGAAAUGUUAUUGGUUAAUUAGCUUAUUUAA